AUGGGUUCUAUUGCCAAACACGAUGAAGCUUCCAUCUUGACCCUGGCUGAGGGCAUCUUGGAGGAUACAAAGAAAGUAAUAAGCUACCUCAAAGCAUCCAAUGCACCCCUGCCGACCUUCUCAGCGACGGCGGAACCGCUGCCGACGACCCCGGACUUUCAGCAGCUUCAGAACCGUCUGAAGACACAGCUUGAGGAUUUGCAACUCCUAGUGGAUGGGCCCUCAAGAUUCUACCGGUACUUCUUGGUCUCUGGCUAUGAGAUAGCGGCCUUCCAAAUCGCUCUGGCUUUUGACUUCUUCACCGUGGUUCCGGCUGAAGGCGACAUUUCUCUGGCUGACCUUGCCAACAAGGCUGGUUUGGAUCAGGACCGGGCCAACCGCGUCAUUCGGAUGUUGAUCACCCAGCGUGUCUUUCAAGAAACUCGGCCAGGCUUCUUUGGCCACAAUGCGUUCUCCAUUGCCCUGCACAGAGAUGAAGAGAUGAAGUCUAUGGUGCACUACUCCUUUGACGAGAUGCUUAAAGCGUCCGCCCAGUCGAGCGACGCCAUCAAGGCCGACCCGUAUGAGGCGGACAGUGUGCACUGCCCCUUCUACGAGCGGUUUGGCAUCCCCAUCUUCGAUUACUACAGGAAACACCCCGAACACGCUGGUCGCUUCGCCAAGGCAAUGGCCGGGUGGAGAAAAUACAGCUACCCGUGGGGAGACCUGAAAGGGACUGUCGUCGAUAUCGGUGGUGGCAGCGGCCACGUCGCCAUCGAGCUGGCCAAAUAUUUCCCCAAGCUGAAUAUUGCGGUACAAGACGGCGACGCGGCCAUGCUCGCCUUGGGCCCACGAAUGCUCAGCGACUCGGUCCGAGGCCGCAUCUCGUUCACGCACGCCAACUUCUUCGAGCCCCAGCAGUACAUGGGCGCCUCGGCCUAUCUCAUCCGCCAGUGUACACACAACUGGGCCGACCAUCACGUGGUCAAGAUUCUCAAGGCCAUUGUUCCCGGACUCGAGGGGUCAGCUCCGGGCACACCCCUGCUGAUCAACGACAUGAUCAUGCCGGAGCCGGGAUCCGAGGUAGCGCGGCUCUGGGAGCGGGAGAGACGGCAGGCCGACAUGGUCAUGCUGGUGUGUUACGGGGCGAAGCAACGUACGGUAUCCGAGUUCAAGGCGCUGUUGAAGGAGGCCGAUCCGCGAUACGUUCUGAGCAAGGUCCAUGGGGCCAAUGGGGCAUUGGGUCUCCUGGAGGUGUAUCUAGAACGGAACUGA